UAUAAAGGAACAUGUCAUUAUUGUAUACAUGACUGUGUCGCGUAGGGCUUGCAAAAUGGAUCAGAGUGAGAUUUCUGGAUCUGUUCAUGUCUCUGCAAAUUGUUAGGCUCGAGCUCUCGUAGUUUUGUCGCGUCGUCGCACAUGUGUGUUCGGAAACUACCAAAGCCUUUUAAACAACUCUCAAGGCAGCUGGGAAACGUGCAGCCUUUACAUUUUUUUUUUUUUUUUUUUUUUUUGCAGCAUUUCGCAUUCUUGCACCGUGACCGGACCGGACAUGGAGCUGGACCGGCGGCUGUUGCUGGCCCACUGCGCCGCUCACGCCCUCUCCGUGGCGGCCGGUCUGCUGGUGGUGGUUCCGAUGGCGCUCAACGGCUCCGCGUUCAAAGGCCGCUGUGCGCUCUUCUCCAGCGGCUACUGGAGGACCGAAGAGACGGAGUCGGGUUCCGUGGCCCAGCUGGUGGUGCGGCAGUGGGGCCCGCCGGCCGCCUGCCAGUUCGCCACCUUUGUGGGCAUUUUCACGGUGCUGUACGGGGCCGCGCAGGGCUGGCGGUGCCUCUUCUACCUCCACGGACGACACGACGACACUUUGUUUUCGUCCUUCCUGACGGUGCUGCUGAGCGCGUGCAUGCUCUUCCUGUCCGGCGGCGCCAGCGUCAUCUUGUCUCUGGGCCUCGCCUCCUGGUGUGACACGGUGACCGACAACAACGCGCAACCGUUCAGCUGUGCGACGUCCCAGUCUGUUCUGCUUUAUCUGGACGUGGACACGUCGUCUUUCUACACGCAGCUGAGUCUGGCACAGGCGUCGUUGUGGUUUGUGACGCUCCUGUGGUUGCUCCAGUCCACCCUGGCCUUCAUGCGCCUCUACCACUCGCACAACGGGCCGUGCCUCCUUCGGGAAAAGGAGCUCCUCCUGAGGGACGCCCCCUCCGACGGCUCCCCCUCCACUCCCCCGUAUUCCCCCCAAACCCCCGCCGCCGUGGUCUGACGGCCCUACGGAGCCGUUGAUGGAAGCUGGCAGGUUUAUAUUUUUGUACAUGUGCUUUUCUUCCUCACAAAUGUACGUGGCGUGCGGACACUCCUGUCAAACUGCAUCUUCGGGUGCAGUUUGUGUCAAUAUAUUAUAAUGCAUUGUGACAUAAAUGUCAAAAUGUAGCUCUGCAUGUAUGUGCAGUCGCGCGUAUAUGUGGUGCAUUGUAGCAUCUUUGUAAACAAACAAAACGUUUUUAUGUCAAAAUGAGAAAUAGUGGGGCACCAACCUCUUAGUAAUCCCACAAAAAAAAACACUGUACUGUUUUAUGACUUAUGUUUAUUUAAUGCCAUACAAUGCACGUACAGUACAUUAAACUAACGAAAUACGAACGUCAUUAUGAAAUGUAAAAAAUUACAUUUACAUACAAUACAAAUUAUCAACAUUCUUUCUUCUUGUUGCGAGGCUGUCAAUUGGGUCCAUCCUGCCAGCCACGUUAAGCCCGUAAAAACAUAGCUGUAAGUCAUAUUAAUUAUUAAUUGUUAGUCAUAUUAAUUCAGUUAUAUACAUAUAUAUAUAGAUUAAUUAAGUCACAAGUUUAUGCUCACACAUUCUUUUUGUAAUUUAAUCAGUGUUGUAUUAAAUAUAACAAUGCAUAUGCUUAUACUGUUGCUAUACAGCAAAAGGACACCUACAAAAAUGGAUUUUGUAGUUUUUCAUAAAAAAAAAAAACAAAAAAACCCCCACAUAAAAUUCUGCAAUUAAAAUUGCCAGACAGCAAUAGUAUGUAUUUUUAAAAAUUUACCUGCAUGUUAAUUUAGUCAUUUUAUUAUCGAGCUGUAUUGGAUAAAACAAUACAAAUUUCAAAGAUGGAAGUACACAGCACCAUCUGAAGGGGCACUGCGCCCUCUGCCCCAAAUGCAGUUGCCACUAUUUGAAAUGAUAAUUUUAUAUAUACAGUGUACAGUUAUUUAACAUGUAUAGUUGCUGUCCAACAAAAAUCACAUAUCCAAUUUAUUAUUAUUUUUAUUCAAUGAAAACGACGACAAAAAUAUUCGGGAUCUGACCAUCUCUAUUUAUUCAUUUUUUUAGAUUUAAAUAAAAUGCCAGCAGUGGAUGCUUUGUUGUUGGACAGCACUGAUAUAUAUUGUUUAAUUAUUAGCAAGAUUUUGUGUCUCAUAUCCAGUAGCCACUAAUCUAUAUUCCCCAUAAUUCAUGAAAAUAAUCACAGAAGCCUAAAUUCCCACAGAAGGACCAGUAAGUUGUAUUCAACAUUUCUGUAUGUAAUGUUUGAUUAUUAUUUUUUUGUAAUAUGUUUGCUUGUCCUUUGACUCUGUCAACGCAUGUCAGUCACUAGCUAAGUGACAACGAUGUUUCCGUCAUGUGUCUCCAUUCUAUGCAAUGCGCAUGUAUGUUUACUGAACUUUUUGCACUUUUUUUUCGCGUGCCGGUCGGGGAGAAAUCGUGCGGUUUGACGUCUUGAGUGCUUUUAUUGUGGAGCAUGUGACGCGUGGCGAGAGCGACUGAGCCGCCACGUACACACUGAAAGAGUCUCACCGCGUGAGCAUCAAUGAAUCCGCGCUCCGUUUUGCUAAGUGAUGAAAAAGCACAACCGUUUGCGUCUCUGCUGGUGACGAAUUUCUUUUGAUGAUGAUGCUGUCGGUGUGGACGCGACAGCUCAAAAUGUCCAUGCUGAACCAAGUCUGCAGAGGGGGGCAACCUCGGUCGAGGUUGAAACUAAUGAUGCAAAAAGUUGAACUUGUUGUAAUGACACGCGGACAGCUGAACGAGAAAUCUGGAGACGGUAGUCGGCACUUUUUGUGUUUUGUCACUUGGUAAAUAAUAACCAGCGAUGUGUGCUUUCUACCUCCUGUGGUUGUGUUCCAUAAAAUUUUUGCAGUUAUUGUCAAAU